UGUGUUGUCUUUCUACCUUCUUUCUUCUUCUUUGAGAGAGAGUUCACACUCGUAAUUUUGGAAUCCUUUGAAAAAUAAAUAAACCUCAAAACAAAGACACGUUGUUGUCGAGAAGUUAGCCAAGCCAGCAAGCAAAAGCAACCAAACUCUCUACCUUCUUCUCAUACACAUCUACCACAGAGACACGGUUUAAUCUCUCCAAAAACUUCCCCAUUAGAUGAACCGAACUCAAAAGGAUUGAUUUGUGUAAUGGAGAUAAUCUCACAGAACUUCCUGCCUCACUGCUCUGUGGUCACUUGGGGUAGUAAACCAGACAAGAACAGAUUGGUCCCAAACCGAUCAAACAUCUUAGUAUCUAGUUGUGGUCUCAGAAAGUCCAGACUUGUGGUUCGAAAUGGAACUUCAGAUGGUUAUGUGGUUGGUGAGAAUGAUGACUUGGGUAGUAUAUCCACUAGAAGAGGAGACUCAAAGUCGAAGGUUUUGAUUCCUGGUUUGCCUGAGGAAGCUGCUGCUCAAAUCACUCCUUCUCAAUGCGAGUGGAAGCCUAAUCUCACGGUACAUUAUGAGAAAUCCGGCUGUGGGAAUGUUGAAGCUCCUGCGGUGUUGUUUCUUCCUGGCUUUGGUGUUGGUUCGUUUCACUACGAGAAGCAGCUUACUGAUUUGGGAAGGGAUUAUCGAGUAUGGGCGGUUGAUUUUGUUGGUCAGGGUUUAUCUCUUCCCACUCAAGAUCCUACUACCACCAAUACUACCAUAUCUAAAGAAACAAGUGGCUUGCAAAACAGUGAGCCAUUUUGGGGUUUUGGUGAUGAAGCUGAACCAUGGGCUGAUCAACUUGUUUACUCGUUGGAUCUCUGGAGGGAUCAAGUUCAGUAUAUUGUACAAGAGGUUAUUGGUGAGCCAGUGUACAUUGCAGGGAACUCACUUGGAGGGUACGUAGCUCUCUACUUUGCAGCAACCCAUCCUCAUCUCGUCAAAGGUGUUACAUUACUUAACGCAACACCUUUCUGGGGUUUCUUCCCUAAUCCAGUAAAAUCCCCAAAGCUAGCACGUCUCUUUCCAUGGUCCGGAACAUUCCCUCUACCGCCAAGAGUGAAAAAGCUCACUGAAUUAGUGUGGCAAAAGAUAAGUGAUCCUGAAAGCAUAGCGGAGAUACUCAAACAGGUCUACAAAGACCAUUCUACUGAUGUGGAUAAAGUAUUCUCACGUAUAGUGGAGAUCACGCAGCAUCCUGCUGCUGCUGCGUCGUUUGCUUCAAUCAUGUUUGCUCCUGGUGGACUGCUAUCUUUCUCCGAGGCGUUAUCUAGGUGUAAGAAAAACAGUGUUCCUAUAUGUCUCAUGUAUGGAAAAGAAGAUCCAUGGGUGGGACCUAUAUGGGGAAAGAAGAUAAAGAAGGAGAUCCCCAACGCUCCUUACUACGAGAUCAGCCCAGCGGGUCACUGUCCACACGAUGAAGUCCCUGAGGUGGUGAACUAUCUGAUGCGCGGGUGGAUCAAGCACCUUGAGUCUGGUGGUUUUGAAGCGCUCCCGCUUAUGGAAGAUGGUGAAGAAGCUUGGGAGAAGUCCAGCAUUGGUCGGGAAAUAGAGUUUCCGAGAGGAGAUGGUUGGAAGAAGUCAGUGAAACUGUGGUUGUACGGUUCAAAGUAUACGUUCUGGCGUGGAGUUGGAGAAGCUUUUAGAGCCAGUUUAGUAAGGGCCUUUCGAGGGAAGUCUGCAUAGAAAGUAGUAAGCAACCGUAGUCGUUGUCUAAUGUUAGAUAGUUGUAAUCUAUGAUGCUUAAUGUUGUCUGAUAGAAUCAAAAGUUUCUAAAUGUUUAAAUAGAAAACGUCGUAUAUAUGUGUA